AAGCGGAGGGAGGAUGGGAAAUGUAGUUUAAUGUAGAGCGGAAAGGCUGGUGCUUAAAUAAUGCUGGGGAGAGGUUCGAGUCAAGAGGUUGAGGAUGUGUUUAUAAUAUAGUAACAAGGAAACUGGAACAGGUAACAAUAUGAGGAGUUACUGUAACGGUAGAAGAAGAAUCGCUACUUGACAAGCUCCUGACAUUGCUGCUUCCGUGUGGCAGGCGGAUGGGGUCAGCGCUGAGCCGGGAAUAAGGCGGAGCUGGAGCUGGAGCUGGACGAGCUGCAGUCAGUGAAUUGGGUUCCUCGUCCCCGAUCUCUUUCUUGCAGUGAAAAAUAAAGCAGGCCCAGAGACCCGCAAAGAUGCACCGCAGGGGAGUUGGAGCCGGCGCCAUCGCCAAGAAGAAACUCGCAGAAGCUAAGUAUAAAGAGCGAGGAACAGUGAUGGCUGAGGAUCAGCUGGUUCAGAUGUCAAAGCAGCUGGAAAUGUUCAAGACCCAUCUGGAGGAAUUUGCCAGCAAACACAAACAAGAGAUUCGGAAAAGCUCAGAGUUUCGUGUUCAGUUUCAGGAUAUGUGUGCAACAAUUGGAGUGGACCCUCUUGCCUCUGGCAAAGGAUUCUGGUCAGAGAUGCUAGGUGUCGGUGACUUCUACUACGAACUGGGAGUGCAAAUUAUUGAAGUGUGUCUGGCUCUGAAACACAGAAAUGGAGGUCUGAUCACACUGGACGAGCUGCACCAGCGUGUACUGAAAGGUCGAGGCAAGUUUGCCCAGGAUGUCAGUCAGGACGAUCUCAUUCGGGCCAUCAAAAAACUGAAAUCCUUGGGUAAUGGUUUCAGUAUAAUCCCAAUGGGAGGCGGAUACCUGGUACAGUCUGUCCCCGCAGAGCUGAAUAUGGAUCAUACAGUGGUGCUGCAGAUUGCAGAGAAUGGGUAUGUAACAGUCAGUGAAAUUAAGUCCAGCCUGAAGUGGGAUGCUGAACGUACUAACCAAGUACUGGAACAUUUGUUGAAAGAAGGCUUGGCGUGGAUAGAUAAACAAGCUCCUGAAGAGCCUCAAUACUGGUUACCUGCACUCUUUUCCGAUCUAUACUCCCAAGAUGUCACUCCUGAAGAAGCUGAUGCAAGUUUGCUGUGAGGAAAAAUUAAUACUUCAGUCCAGAGAGUGAAUAGACUCCAUCCACCUUGAUGGUUCUGACACCAGAAUGAAAGACUGGAUGUUCAAGUUCUGGAUACACAAAUCUUUUUGUAGCAGGCAACUUCCAGUAUCCCUGCAUAUGAUACUUGCACAAUUAAAUGGCAUUUCUCAGCCUUUAACCACUGGAAACUAACCCAAGGUAUUGUACUGCUACACACACGGUUUGGAUUUUGAAGAAAAAGUCAUUUGACACAUCUGUCCAAACAUUUUAAAAUUGCCGUUGAAGUGGUGUUGCUGCAGAUCAAGAGUUGGGAGCAGAAUAUUUGACCUGCAGAAUUGUCUGGAUAAGUCGACUGAAAUACUAAUCUCCCGCUAAAGCUUGUAAUUUUGCUGGUGAUGAAGAUAUACAAAAUAUUGGUCAGAAAAACAACAACUGGGUCAGUUGUGCCUGUCUUGCUCUCAUAAUGAUGACUUCUUAUUCUUCCCCUGACCCCAAAUCUUUGACUGAGAAGUUACCACUUGAAGGCAAACCUUGGCAUUGGCAAGGUUUUGUAUUACAAAACUCAAUUCAAUUUAAUUUUGUCAAAAGAAA